CGGAGGAGUGCGGCCACCCGCCCGCCGCGCGCCGCCCGCGCCCCGCCAAACUUCGACGCCGACAAGUGCCUGGGCCCAGCCGCGGCCCCGCCGAGCCCCUCCGCGACCCGCUGGAAACUUUCUCGGGGAAGAGCAACCCCCCACCACCUCACGCCCUCCCCGCGGCCCUUCAUGCCGCCACCGAGGAAGCCCCAGCGCGUCCCAGCGCCGCGGCGGCUCCGCGCCGCCCCGUGGUGAGGCUCGGGCGGCCCGAGCCUGCAGGGGUGCUGGUGCCAGAAGAAAAGGAUGAUUGAUGGGAAACAGACACCAGCCUAUAGACACUCACCCUCUUCCUUCGGAUACUGAUUUAUCAGUGUGUCCAGGCAUCCCCUGCAAGCCCUGAACACGGAGGAUCACUCAGGGUUAUCGACAGUGGAGCUGAAGACCUGCAACUUCACAAAUUAUUAUCUGCUCUUGGACAUCUUUUACAAGAAGCCCUGACAGAUAAGUUAUAAGACGAAGGACAAGUGCUGCAUGGCUGUGAAAGGCUGUCAUCGGGGCCUGGGUGGCUUUUACCAAAGUCUAACAUAGUGAAACAAACAUCCCAUCCUAAUGCUUCACGUUUGAGUUGGAACCUAUUUUAUAAAUAUAUACAUUAAAUGUACAUAUAAUCUCUAGACUGCACAUACGCCAGCACUGAGCAUCCUUACGAAGCUGACAUAAAAGGAUUUAGAAAUGUAUUUGUCAAGAUUCCUGUCACUUCACACCCUCUGGGUUACUGUAUCCUCCGUGAUGCAGCACUACCCUUCUGUGUGGGGACACUAUGACGUGUGUAAGACUCAGAUUUACACGGAAGAAGGAAAAGUAUGGGAUUACAUGGCCUGCCAGCCAGAAGCCAGAGACAUGAUCAAAUAUGUAAAAGUGACUCUGGAUCCCCCCGACAUAACAUGUGGAGAUCCUCCUGAGACUUUCUGUGCAAUGGGGAAUCCCUACAUGUGCAAUAAUGAAUGUGAUGCAAGUACCCAAGAACUGGCUCAUCCUCCAGAACUGAUGUUCGAUCUGGAAGGAAGACAUCCCUCCACAUUUUGGCAGUCCACAACUUGGAAGGACUAUCCGAAGCCUCUUCAUGUCAAUAUUACACUCUCCUGGAACAAAACCAUUGAGCUUACAGAUAACAUAGUCAUCACCUUUGAAUCUGGCCGUCCAGACCAAAUGAUCCUGGAGAAGUCACUCGACUAUGGACGAACGUGGCAGCCCUACCAAUACUAUGCCACGGACUGCUUAGAUGCUUUUCACAUGGAUCCAAAAUCAGUGAGGGAUUUAUCACAGCACACAGUCCUAGAAAUCAUUUGCACAGAGGAAUACUCUACUGGGUACAUGACAAAUAGCAAAAUUAUCCACUUCGAAAUCAAAGAUAGAUUCGCUUUUUUUGCUGGACCUCGGCUUCAUAACAUGGCUUCUCUUUAUGGCCAGCUUGACACCACCAAGAAGUUAAGAGAUUUCUUUACCAUUACAGAUCUGAGGAUAAGACUGCUUAGGCCAGCAACUGGUGAAAUAUAUGUAGAUGAGCAACACCUGGCACGCUACUUUUAUGCAAUUUCAGACAUAAGGGUAUACGGAAGGUGUAAGUGCAACCUUCAUGCUACUGGCUGUAAAGAAGAAAACAAAAGACUACUUUGUGAAUGUGAGCAUAACACAACGGGCCCAGACUGUGGAAAAUGCAAGAAGAAUUAUCAGGGCCGACCGUGGAGCCCUGGUUCUUAUCUGCCUAUACCUAAGGGCACUGCUAAUAUCUGUAUACCCAGUAUUUCCAGUAUUGGUAAUCCUCCAAAGUUUGAUAGGAUAUGGCCGAAUAUUUCUUCCCUUGAGGUUUCUAAACCAAACCAAGCGAACGUGUGUGACAACGAGCUCCUGCACUGCCAGAACGGCGGGACUUGCAUCAACAACGUGCGGUGCCAGUGCCCGCCGGCCUACACGGGCAUCCUGUGCGAGAAGCUGCGCUGCGAGCGGGAGCCGGGCGGCUGCGGCGGCCGCAGCUCGGCCCCGGGGCGGGCGGGAGCGGGAGCGGGGCCCGGCCCGCGGCUCCUCCUGCUCCUCCUGCUGCUCCUCCUGCUGCUGCCCGCGCUGCUCGCGGCCCCGGCCCGCGGCUGCUGAGGCGGCCUGAGGCCUCACCCCGGACUGUGCACGGCCCCGGGCCGCGGGGAACGGGACAGAGCCCCGGCGUUCGCCACUGGAAUCCCUAAAGGAAAAAAAAAAAAACAGUAAAAAUAACCACAUCCAAACUAGGAAGGCCGAACUGAACUAAGCCAUAUCGCUCAGUCACGGACAGGGCUGCGAGCGGAGACUGCUCACCUCUGACUCGAGACACGCCGGCAGCCGCCUGUUCUGUCAGGUCCAUCGGCUGCGGGACUGACAUGGCUUUGACAGCCCCCGAACGGAAGAGAACUCCAACAGCAUUCGCUAUCCUCUCUGGUGCGCUCCUGUACCUCUGCCCGGCGUGCGGACUGACCAAACCAAGGCAUUCUUUGCUGUCAGUGCAUUGUGGGUAUAAGGAAAUCUGUAAAAGCUGCCAUAUUGGCCUGCUUCAGUCCCCAAAUCCUCUCCGACCUGUGCUUUAGUGAACGUUGCUCUGUAAACCCUUGUUGGUUGAAAGAUUUCUUUGUCUGAUGUUAGUGAUGCACAUGUGUAACAGCCCCCUCAAUAAAACUCAAGCCAGUCAUAUCCUUGUAUACCUUAGCAGCACUGCAUCAGUAAGAUGCUGUGUUCACCUACUGUACAAGAGUGGCUAUAGGACAACAAGUGUAUUUAUCCUUUUGUAUUCAAAUGAAGUUAUUUUUCUUGAAAUAAUGUACAAUGUAGAUUUUUUGUAUUAUUGCCUAUUUGUGUUACCAGACAAUUUAUUAAUGUAUUUAAUUCUAAUCAGGUAAGAGAAAACUAUUACUUUUUAUUUAGUCCUUUUCUUUUUCCUUUCAUUUAAUUGUGCAGAGAUUUCUCUGUAUGGGCAACGUGCUGGCAUCAAAGAAUAUCAGUUUACAUAUAUAACAAGUGUAAUAAGAUUCCACCAAAGGACAUUAUAAAUGUUUUCUUGUUGCUUUAACACUGGAAGAUUUCAAAGAAUAAAAAUUCCUGCAUAAACAGUU